ACAUGGACCCCGACUCGGCUCCCCGACGCCGUCAGCCCACUGGCCACUGGCCCCACGUCACCCUGUAAAGGAUGUCCCUCAGCAGAGCUUCGGCCAGGGACACCUCUGAGACCCCCAGCCCGAGAGAACGCAUCCGCAGCCACAUGAAGAUGGUGAUUGAACAGCUGGAAGGCAUUCUCAAAGAGCUUAAAGAUGUGGCCAAGGAACUCCGGGAGGUGGUGGGUCAGAUUGACAAGCUAACGUCAGACUUUGACUUUGACCUGGAGCCAGAUGACUGGACGGUGGCCACAGCCAGCAGCACGUCCAGCAGUGAGCGAGGCCUGGGAGAGGCCUUCAGGCUGGACUUCCUCAACCCUGAUGUGCUCUCAGACAGCUGGGAGUUCUGCAGCUAUCUUGAGGCCUCCGGUACGUCAGCCCGCCGGCCUGGUGAGCAGCUGGGGGAGCUGGGACGCGGGACUAUCCCCACCCAGACCCAGACCCCCACCCCACCCCCCUCCACUGCCUCAGCCUACUCUCAGAUGAAUGGGGGGCUUCCGAUUCCCAACGGGCCCCGCAUCAUUACCCCGGACUCAUCCAGCGAGGAGGCCAGCAGCUCCACGCACAGCCACAAGACGUCCCGCACAUCCGGCACGAGAGAGAGGGUUCGAUUCAGUGACAAAAUUCUGUAUCACGCGUUGUGCUGUGAUGACGAUGAGGAGGAGGAGGAGCGAGGGGAAAUGGAGGAGGAGGAGAAAAGUGGUUGUGCGACACCGGACAGUGAUAGUGAGACAAGUCACCUGGCCAGCUCUUUACCCCCCAAACGCUCUUCUUCUGAGCACUCGCUCCUCCAUAACUGUCUGGACCCUUCAUUUGCCCCUUCGCCAGUGCGGGGGACAUCAGGAGCUCACACACUACCCAGGAAAGGUCUCUUAAACCCGGGCUGCCGCAAAAAACUGCUACGAAACAGCAGCACACAAACUGUCUCAGACAAGAGCACCCAAACUGUACUGCCCUAUAUUCCAACCAAACAGAAAACAAAGAACCACUGAGAUAACCCCAACCUUACCACAGAACACAUGAACAGGACUGUGUACUAUUUAAUAUUAAAUUCAUAGAUCAUAGAUUAAUACACAAAUAAAUUAAUUACUGAAUAAAUAAAUGAUAUAUGGGAAAUCACUUGACUACCUAAAGUCACUUUGAGGCUCAGGGAAAACAAGA